AAGAGGAUAGAAGAUAUGAUAACGAAAGUGGAUAGACAAAGGCAGGGCGCCAGAUUGCGUUGCACCGCGGCGGGAUUACGGGCAGGUUUAGCAUGGUCCGCCCCAAGUCAUCGGGACGCUGCGUUGGGGUGCAGCGAUGCUCCAAGAUCUUGUACGAGAUGAUAUCGAGGAAGCUGGUCUUGGCGGUCCAGAAGGCAGCGUCCGCUUCCAUCUACAACAGGCAGACUACCCUGGCAGAGCUAACGACAGCUCAAUCUGUGAUCCUUGCCAUCAUGAACUCUGUCCUUACCGAGGACUUGGAGUUCUGUGGAAUGCUCCUCAAACUGUACUCCUCGGUCGAACAGUUAAGGUCUUCCUAUCUAACCGUCUGGCUCAGGGACGACUUCGACUUCCCGGAAGAGGAUGUAACCAAGGUACUGAUGACUGUAGCGCACCUUGUCAAUAGAGGGAUUCUCGAUAUGCCGGAUCACGUGCUCCGGGUUUUCAGGGGAUUGGCUGCCAAAUAUCGUGUAGUAGAGAAGUGUCAACAGGAGAAAGACUUCGAGACCAUAAAGUUCCUAGCAGGAGAAUCCGACGAGGUCCUCAAUGAAGACGUGAUGAAAGAAUCUACGGACAUCAAUGAGAGAAAAAUAAGCAGUUCAAUAAUGCCGAAGAUAGUAGUUGAUUGCGGUGAGCUGAAAACGGCAUACUCUGGAGAAGAAUUUCCAAAAAAAUUUGUUUUAAAGAAUAUAAAUUUCAAGGAAGUUUCCGAAGCUACGCAAAACUACAGCAUUACCAAAAGUAGUUCAGACACGAACAUCUUAAGCCGUGGCACAAGAAGCAGGAGGAAGUCAACCCUUUCCAUGUUCAUUGAUGAAAAAGAAGAAUCGACAUUGACGCAUCCAACCGGCAUUCAAUAUAAAUCUGGGUCAGUGGCAGACAUAUCUACAGGUCAUGGUAUUCCCGUAACACGGUUCCGAAAGUCCAGUAUUGACAGAUACAGAAAUGCGAUCUCAAAAAAGGAAGAAAACACAGUGUCUGAAAUUAGUCAUUCUGGAAAAAGAACUGAAGUAAAAGCUGAUAACAAAUGCAGUUACAAUAUUUCAAAAAGUAGUUCUGCUUUGAAUCUGCGGAGUAACAUCGCCGACAUUAUUAGCGAAGAAUCUGCCGAAAAAGAUAAUGUAAUUGAUGACAAGAAACCUUUCUACAAUAUCUACAAGAGCAGUUCUGCCAGAUGCUUACGAAGUCAUAUUGCUGAAAAAGCAACCACAUCCAACGUGCUUUCGGAUCCAGUAAGCAUUGGUUCCAGUGAUGCAGCUGUUGUUAGAAAAUUCUUAAAGUUACCAUACGAUUUAUCUGAAGACGAACUUAGGAGACGUUUGUGUAAUGAGGAUGGAGAAGGAAGAACGCCGCUUGAGCGGGCAUCCUUUGAAGGAAGAUCUGAGAUAGUGCAAGCUAUCUUGAGAAUAGGGGUAGAUUUCCCAUCGAGGAAAGGCAAAGUGACCGGCGUACAUCUUGCAGCAGAAGAAGGUAACUUCGACGUGCUCCAGUUACUACUGGACAAUGGCGCGGACCUUAACGAGGCCACCUCAAGCAAGAGGAGACCAAUCCACUUCGCUGCGGAGCGUGGUCACGACUUGUGCCUCAGCUGGUUGCUCUUGCACGGGGCAGACAUCGAGAGUAAGGACAUCUCUUGGCAGACACCUCUACACAAAGCGGCUGCCGGGGGCCAUAUCGAAGCCGUGAGGGUCCUCCUUGGAAAUAGCGCCAACCUGGAAGCUGAAGACAGGUUAGGAAGAUUGCCGCUCCAUCACGCCGCCAAGAAUGGAAAGUUGGAUACAGCACUUGUACUUCUCGACUGUGGUAGUGAUGUAAACGCCAAGGACAGGAAAGGACACACUCCACUGUUCUUCGCCAAGGAGGCUAGCCAUCAACAUGUGGUCGAACUGCUCCAGGCCAGAGGAGGCACCGAAGACUGACUGAAUAGUGAGAUCUCUCGUAGCCAUUGUUAGCAAAACGAAGCUAAAUAGAUUAUUAAGGAUUUGAGCUCGUAACAACAUUGAGAUCUUUCAUAAGAUCUAGUUGAAAAAGAAAGAAGAAGAAGAAGCCAAUGCUUUCAUAAGAUUUGGUUACAGUUCAAACAAAACUUUAUUCAGUUUCGAAUAACUACUAAAAAAAUAUUCUUUAUUCAAUUAUGAUGUUCCUUAUAUGAUUAACUAUAUAUUAAUUAAAUAGUUGAUUGAUUUUCCAAAAUAUAUAAUAUAUUACCAAUCACUAUGAGCUAACUAACCAAUUUUAAGUAAGGUUUUAGUUAAUUCAUUACCUUCAUAUAAUAUUCAAAUAUUUAAUUCAUUGCAAUGUACUAAAUCCUUACAAAAACCUAGGAACAUUAAAUUUAAUUAUUUUUUUAUACAGUAUAAUUAAUAAAUAAUUUAUUCACAGAAUUCUAUUAUUGACUAUUUUUUUCCCAGCAAUAAUUAUUUCUCGAAUAAAAAAAUAAAGUGAAUUACCCAUUAUUCCAAAAUAAAUAUUACCAGUCUAGCAUAUUAAAUAGAGAUUCAAUACAAACUAAAAAGCGAAUAAUGUAAUUUGAGGAAAUACAUAGAUAAACUCUUAAACAUCACAGUCCCUUAUGAAGAACUGAUUUUUAUAUUAUAUAUUGAUUUAAAAAUUUUAUGUAUUUUUAAAGUCAUUUAUAUUUUUCUUAAAAUUAUACUUCAAUUGAUGCAUUUAACUAAUUUAUUUAAUGAAUAGUCGGAAUCGGAUAAAAAAAUAUGGUCUACUAAAUCGACAGCUGAAAUUAUCAAAAUACAUAGUUUUAAAUACAAAAUCAUUAUAAUUUAUAAUUCGUGGUAGAUAUAGAUAUGUAGAAAAUAUUACAAUAAAUAAAAAUAUUUACUUAUUAUUAUUCUAUAUAAUAAAAUUUUACUGAAUAAAUUGUAUUUUAAUAUUAUGGAAUUUGUUGCAUUUUAUAAAUUUAUUAAUACUAAUAAUUUAUUUUCUUUAAUUUAUUAAAUAAACUUAUAUUCUAGUUUAUGAAUUGAAAAUUAUAGCAGUUUCUUCUGGAC